GUAGUUCUGAAGCUUCCACCAGUAAAGUAAAUGUUGGGCCUUCUAAGCGUGACAAGAAGAAAGGAAAAACAGAGGCAUCAAAACCUGUCAACGGGAAAAGAACAAGAUCAACAAGGUGUUUGACGUUAGAGAGUGAUGAUUUGCAGGAGGAAGAGGAUGUGGACAUGACCACAGCACAAAUCCAAAGGAAACCUGUUGCCCAAAAAUCAGUUGAUAAAGAAAAAAGUGACGAUGUAGAUGAAUGUUAUGUUGAUGAGGAUGAUGGAGCUGUUGAAGAAGAUGGAGAUGAUAUAGAUGCUGAACACGAUGAAAAUGGUCAAGAGGAGUUGGAAAGUGAAACCCGUGAAAGAGGCGAAGAUGAUCAGGAUCGUCCAUCAGUUCCGGAACGUGAUGACCCGAUAGGUCAUCUUAUGUUUUAA